AUGGAAGGCAAAGAAGAAGAUGUUAGAGUCGGAGCUAACAAGUUUCCGGAGAGACAACCGAUCGGAACAUCGGCUCAGAGCGACAAAGACUACAAGGAACCACCGCCUGCUCCGUUGUUCGAGCCCGGCGAGCUAGCUUCAUGGUCUUUCUGGAGAGCCGGAAUCGCUGAGUUCAUCGCGACGUUUCUCUUCUUAUACAUCACUGUAUUGACUGUUAUGGGUGUGAAGAGAGCACCGAACAUGUGUGCUUCCGUCGGAAUCCAAGGAAUCGCUUGGGCUUUUGGUGGUAUGAUCUUCGCUCUCGUCUACUGCACCGCCGGUAUCUCCGGUGGACACAUCAACCCAGCGGUUACCUUUGGUCUGUUCUUAGCGAGGAAGCUUUCGCUUACACGAGCUGUGUACUACAUAGUGAUGCAGUGUUUAGGAGCUAUCUGUGGAGCUGGUGUGGUUAAGGGAUUCCAACCAAAGCAAUACCAAGCUUUAGGUGGUGGAGCCAACACUGUAGCUCAUGGUUACACUAAAGGAAGUGGUCUUGGUGCUGAGAUUAUUGGAACCUUUGUUCUAGUUUACACGGUCUUCUCAGCCACUGACGCUAAGAGAAACGCCCGUGACUCUCAUGUUCCGAUUCUUGCGCCGCUCCCUAURGGAUUCGCUGUGUUCUUGGUUCACUUAGCUACCAUCCCCAUUACUGGAACUGGUAUUAACCCAGCAAGAAGUCUUGGAGCUGCAAUCAUCUUCAACAAGGACAACGCUUGGGACGACCAUUGGGUCUUUUGGGUUGGACCAUUCAUCGGUGCUGCACUGGCUGCUCUCUACCAUGUGGUAGUCAUCAGAGCCACCCCUUUCAAGUCCAGAAGCUGA